UAGAAGAAGAAGUGGCGCUAGCGCUGUAGCACUGAUUAGCCGUCCUCAGUGUUUGAUAGAGCAGUUAUUUAGACUGUAAUUUAGUUUAAAAGUACCCUCACUGAGGCAGAUUACUCUGAUUCAUAGAUCUGCUGUCAAACAAACUCUUGUGGAGUCAUCUAUCGCCAGUUAUCGUCCAGUUAACCCCCCUCUGGUCCACCAUGGAGGGUCCGUCCUCCCGGGUUCCCUCCAUCCCGGAGCAACCGCUGUGUCUGCCGGGAAGGAGAGACUCCAGCGGGGGCUCCGAGAGUGACUCUGCCCGGGACAUAAAGACACAUUUCCGAGUGUGUCGCUUCAUCAUGGAGACAGGUGUGAAGCUGUGCAUGCGCUCGGUUCCCGUGGCGACAGCGUGCGUGCUGUACCACCGUUUCUUCGAACGUGCCAGCCUGCAGGAUUAUGAGCCGUACCUGGUGGCCAUGAGCAGUCUGUACCUGGCCGGAAAAGUGGAGGAGCAGCACAUCAGGACGCGUGACAUCAUCAACGUGAGCCACAGGUAUUUUAACAGCGGCAGCGCUCCUCUGGAGUGCGACACAGAGUUCUGGGACCUGAGGGACAGCGUGGUGCAGUGUGAGCUCCUCAUCCUCCGACAACUCAACUUCCACGUCUGCUUCGAACACCCGCACAAGUAUUUACUCCACUACCUGCUGUCUGUGAAGUCGCUCGUGAACCGCCAUGCUUGGUCUCGGACCCCCGUCGCUGAGACUUCCUGGGCGUUGCUAAGAGACUGUUACCACGGAUCCAUGUGCAUCCGCCACAUACCCCAACACAUCGCCAUAGCAACGCUGUACCUGGCCCUAAACAGCUACGGAGUGGAGCUUCCUGUCGGGGAGAGAGAGUGGUGGCAGGUGCUGUGUGAGGACGUGACCAAAGCAGACAUCGAUGCCGUGAUCUCAGACCUUCUGCAGCUCUACGACAUGGAGGCCAAGUGUAUCUGAAGGGCGACCGCACAGAGCCGGCGCACAGACACGGGGCGGUUCUUGGAGGCGGUGUGUGUUUCAGUAUGGAGAUCCAGGUGUGCAUGUGAGACGGCGAGGAGACUUCAUGUUGGCCCAGUUAUUCUGUGAGCUGUGACAGAAACUCGCUGCACUCCUGAUUCCUGCCACCCCGGGGAGACAUUUCUCUGAAUAACGAUGAGCUCCGAGCAGCAGCAGCUUCAGGUACAGCCAGGGGGGAGAAUCACCAAGUUUUUAUCAUAAACCAAUCAAAAACAUCCAACAGAUAUAGAGGAAGGAACUGAUACGGUCACCUCAGUGUUAAAUCGGUUAGAUUUGGUGUUAUCCUGAGAUGUCAGGGCAGGGACGGACGACUUUGAAUAUCAGAAGAGCCAGAUUUAUUUUAUUCUCACUGCCACAGGGCAGAAAAAAGAGCUGGAUGUUCUCAGUUUAACCACUCUGAUUACUUAUAACUCUGUAGAAGAAAGAAGAAAGCUUUCAGGAUCAUUUCUAUGCCAACAUUUAUAUUUUUAAACUCAAGUGGAAAUAGAAAUAGUAGAUUUAAUGACCUAAAAUAAGAAUGAGAUCAAAUGUAGGCUACUUAUUCUAUGCAGUGAGCACAAUAGUAGGAUAUAUCAAUCUGCAUGUCUAUUUUUCUGAGGAUGCAUUCAGUAAGGCAGAAAACAUGCAGGCAGUUACACUGAUUCAUGCACAGACUUCACAUAUUCCGGUAGUCUAGGACAGUAGCGCUAAUGUCUCCACUUUUCAUGCUUUCAUGGCAGAUUUUUGGUGGGUGAUUUUUUCAUAUUUGUAAUUAAAUGAUAUGUGAAAUUGACUGGGGGAGGUUUAAAGGUAUCAACCUUGCAGACGAUAAUAAAUGAGCAGAAUCAGUCCUC